AUGACGAGAAGAUUCAGGAUAUUUCUGCUGCUUACUUUGACUUUCCAUUACGGCUCAACGAAAAUUGUGAUUGGCGAUGUCGAUGAUGACCCAAAGGAUCCACAAAAGAAUAAUCCUUUAUACGAUCCAAAAGAAGGAGUCACAAAGAUCAACAUCACAAAGGAUUCAGCAAUCGAAUUGAGACAGCAUUGGCUGGAGCAAGCAUUUUCUGGUCUGAUGGCUGCUGUUGUACAAAAGAAAACCUCAAAGCUGAAGAGAGAAUAUCAAGACAUUGUUCAUAAAUGCAGUAAGCAGGCUCAUUCCGUGGAGGCGCACGCGAAAUGUGUGAUGCAAGCGAUCGAAUUGCACAAAGAUCCGAAAAACGCACAAACAAGUAGACGACAUCGGAAACGAGUUUUGCAACGAUUGAACAGCCUUGAAAGAAUAAAUGACAUUCGAAGAAAGCAUAAGGAUAAUCUGAAGAUUCAAAACUAUCGCAAGAGACGAGUCAAAAGAGCUAUCAAACAAACGACAACUUACACCAUCAAAGAUAAAAUGGACCAAAGUCCUUUUGGUAUUGUGGCGUCUCAUCUCACAAAUGCUCUAAGGAAACUAUCGGGAGAUGAAAGACCAAAAGCUUGGAGAACCAUUGUUUCUGAAGUUGAACAAAAAGGACAAGAUAUUCGAAAUAGACGAAAAUUGCGAAAAAUGAUGAGCAAACGGUUUGAAGCAUACCAGAAAGCGGCCAAACAAGAGAAUAUCGAGAUUGAUGAUCAUCGCCCACUUGCUAUGAAGGAGUUGGAAAUGGGUGAAGAAGAUGAAAAGACUGAGAUGCUUCGUUUGGCCGAGAAGAAAAUGAAGAACAUGACGCUCGAUGAACAAAUUGGGCAAGCACCCGUGAAGCUUAUGAGAGAAGUUGUGAAAAUGGGCUUGAUGAUGAGUGGACAGAACACGACGGAUUUUGACAAGAAAAAUAUCAAAAUGCUCUCUCCACGAAUUCUCUCAAUAAUGCAAGAAGAUGAUGAAGAGAAAAAGGAUGAUAUAAAUCUACUUUCGCCUGCACUCUUUUCUUUGCAUGGAGAAGGCGAUAGAAUGGAGAAAAAGAUGUCCCUUCAUAGUGCUCUUGGUGGAGUAUCGGGUGAUGGUGAUCACCUCUUGAAUCUCAUCAUUGAAGCUUCUGGUGUAGGACAUUAUGUGGACAUGAUUACGAAAAAUAAGCUUGAAGAAGUUUUGGCGAAAGAGGAACCAAGAGGCCCAAAUGGGGAGAGAAUGUAUUGGGAUAAAGAGAAAGCAACGAAAUAUCUUGGUGAUCAUGAGAUGAGAAAGAUAGCUUCAAUGGAGAGAUUGACAACAAUGUAUACACCUGAGCAGAUGCGUGAAAUGAAAGAAAGUGGUUUUACGGCGAUGACACCUCGACAAGCGGAUUUCAUCUAUGGAGAUCGUUCUCCUUUCAAUGACACCGUCACACUGCAAAGAAUCAAAGGAUUAUUCAUUUCUGAUAUGUUCAACGAUGGAGUGGAUGAUGCGAUCUCGGAAACGAUUUCUCGAGUAGCCACAGGACACUCGAAAUUUGAGGUUCGGCAACACGAUAUUGUUCUUUCACCGAUCAUCAAUACCCAUCUUAUCUUGAACCCGGCACUCGCCUCACAACCAAUCAUUCUUUCUCCUGUCCUUUUCUCUUCACUCAUUCUUUCACCGGGUAUCUUCGGUCCAGUCAUUCUCUCCCCAUGGGUCUUUGUGGCUGGAGUCCUUUCUCCUCGUAUCCUCUCACCCGUUAUCCUUACUCCAUUCGCCUUUGUACCCAUUAUUCUUACUCCAUUCGCUAUGGAUCCGAUCAUUCUCAGUCCUGGAAUCUUCAAUCCUAUUAUUCUUUCGCCACUGCUGAUGUCGCCGUUCAUCCUAUCCCCACAAGUGUGUACCCCUGUGAUCCUCUCUCCGAUCGCCCUCUCUCCAUUCAUCCUCACUCCCAAUCUAAUGUCUCCCCUCAUUCUCUCCCCAUUUGUUUUAACUCCAAUCGUGAUGUCUCCAGCUUAUGUCGGUGCUCUCAUUCUUUCUCCUUAUGCUCUUUCCCCAGCAAUUGCUUCCUCCGGAGCUGCCGUCUCUGUCAUUGCUUCUCCCAGUUUCUUAUCG